AUGUCACCCUGGCCCACUGCGCAGCAGCAGGAGCUCAAGGCCCGGGUGGCCCGCAGACGCCUGUCCCAGGCCAAGCACCGGACCAGCCUAGCAAGGCUCUUCAACCACAUCAGGAAGACUGUUUAUGUCCACUCUGACUUCAGAGCCUCAAAGUGGCAGGUUUUGAAUAAGGCGAAGAGUCAUAUUCAGUAUCUGGAGCAAACCUUGGAUAAUUUGCUGAAGCUGAAAGGUUUCUUCAACGUGCAGGAUGGCAAUGCAGGAAGCUUAGAAGAGGUCAGGGAAGCGUAUGCCAGAAUGUACUCCAGGAAUCACAGUGUGGACCCAAACAAGGCGCAUCAGAAGGGCUCCUGCUGGUGCAAGAAUGAGGAGUUCCUGAAGGACGAGGAGGAGGAAGAAGAGGAUGAAGAAGAAGAGGAGGAGGAGGAGGAAGAAGAGGAGGAGGAGGAAGAAGAGGAGGAGGAGGGAGAAGAGGAGGAGCAGGAGGGAGAAGAGGAGAAUAAAAUGGAGUGUGUCCACUCCUCAGACGCCGUGUCGCCAGACCUCAUGGAAUUCGAACGGAGACUGUAUCAGUUGGUCCUUUUGGAAGAUGCCUUUGAUACAGCAAGUUUCCUGGACAAAAGUGAGGCUCCAAGUACAUCUAGCUCCAGUUCAGUGUUUGCCAGCUACCACCCUGAGAAUCCAGAGGAGAAGUUCCACCUGUAUGUGCAGAUCCUUGACUAUUUAAAAGGGCUUUACUGUGUGAACACUCAGCUGAAACAGGUAGGACAGAGCCGGGUGUGGGAGACCUGA